CGCUCCUGUUCAGCUGGGCCUGGCGGGUCUAGGCAUUCUGUCCCUGCUGAUGACACUCGGGGCUGAGCGCUCGACUGAAGUCUCCAAAGAAACAUAUCAAACUUUGAACAGCGCCGAUGGCAGGAGAUCUCACCUGAAAGCAAAUUUCCUGGAUUUAGUUUCCCUCAUCGCUCGUCUAAUGGCGUUCUGGCUCGUAUUCCUUAACGGGUACGAGAACAGCGUAAUGGAUUAUGGAAUACCUAGCAUCCUUAUCGUAUGUCUCUGUGGAGCAGGACAGCUUCUGAGCAGUGAUAAGCCGCGGCAUCGAAAAAUAUAUCUGACCCACGGAGUCGGGCUAUUGUGCGGACUUCUGGUACUCCUAGCUGCUCAAGAGCUACUUCCUCGCCUCGACAACACCUCUGGCCAUAAAAAGAAUCGUGUAUUGGAUUUCGCAAUGUUAUCUCUCACAGCAGCUUUGCUGACAGCUGCGCUGUCGCCACUUGAGCGGCCUCUCCCAGUGGCGCUGCUCCGGCUUUCGGAAAUUGGUAUGGAAGAAGAGGACAGCACAUCACCGAGUAUACAAGAAUCAGCGUCCUGGCUGAACGGCUUCUUCUGGUAUGGUUGGCUGUAUGGGUUAGUCCACAAAGCUUGGCACAAGGACGGUUGUAUCGAAUUGGAAGACCUGCCAAUGCUUUCCAGAACAGAUCGCCCUGUUUUGCUUCUCGAGGAGAUCCGAAAUGCAAGGUUCUCAAGCCCGCUGCCCUGGUAUAUACUGGCCGUCGCUCUUCUGGUUCCCUUCUCCUGGCCCGGAGUUGUUGCAGGCGACUAUGCCCAGGAGAACAACUGCGUGGACUACCGUCGCCUUUCUCUUGCCUCAGCUGACUCGGAUGAUGCUGUUAUCCUGGGCGGGUUGGGAUACUUCACGCGAGCAGUUUUCAUUCAGCAGUACUACGCCAAUUCUACUCAGCUUUGUGUACGUCUCAAGUCUUCAAUGACACAGGAGCUCUAUCACACAGCCAUGGAAAGCUUGGAAAUCGAUAAUUGUAUCGUUGCCGCUUUGCUCGAGAGUGCAGGUAACAAGGCGAAGACCAAGAAGAAAUCAAAAGGGGCUAAAGCGACAGCUGCUGGGAGACUGGUAAACCUCAUGUCCUCAGACAUUGAUGAAGUUUACAAAGCGAGGGACUUUGUUAUUACCACCUUCAACUUUCCGCUAUGCAUUAUGCUCGCAACUUGGAUGCUCUGGGAUCUACUUGGUUGGCGAGCUAUCCCCGGACUUAUUGUUGUUAUUGUUGGUCUUCGUUUGGCAAAGCUCGCCGCGGCGCGGGUAGCCAGUGCCAAGAAGGCUGUCAAGAAAGCCCAAGAUCGUCGGGUGUCGCUUCUGCACGAAUACACUAGUUCGGUUCAGUACCUGAAGCAGCUUGCUUGGGAAGACUUGGCUGCAGUGUCUAUUGGGAAGGUCCGCGCAGAAGAGUUGGCGCACCUCUGGAGUUACAACCUUUGGUACGCCAUCUCGAGUCAAAUUGUUGAGGCCAUACCCGUUUCCAUGGUUCUGGCAAUGUUUGUUCCCUUUGCAUGGGGAAACCACCCAUUAUCGGCAUCUAUGGCCUUCACAACAGUAUCGCUCUGCAGUUCGCUUCGUGCGGGCCUUGCUACCGUCAACACUACGAUUCGAAAGUACGAAUCCGCCUUGAUCUCACUCAAAAGGCUAGACAAAUAUUUCAAAAGUGCGACGCCAUUGAAAAUAUACCCUACGGGUAGCCUGAGCAUCCGCAACGCAUCAUUCUAUAGAAGCCGCAGUGACACCAUGCUGGCACUCAAAAAUAUCAAUCUAGACGUCCACGAUUUAGUCGAAGGGCAACUCAAUGCUCUCACGGGUAAGAGUGGAAGUGGGAAAACGAUGCUCCUUAGAUCAAUUCUCGGUGAGACUCUGAUGGAUGGCAGAGAUGCCUCGAUGACGCGGCCUAGGGACAUUGUCUACGCAUCUCAGACACCAUGGUUGAUAAACCAGAGCAUCAAGCUAAACAUCAUUCUCGGAAAAGAUUUCGAUGAGCAGAGAUACAAUAGGGUUAUUCAGGCGUGCUCGCUCGAUCGUGACCUUAUAUUAUUGCCCCAUGGCGAUGAGUCUGCGGUAGGACCCAAUGGCUCAAGUUUAUCAGGUGGCCAACGGAGCCGCAUCGCCUUAGCUCGAACUCUUUAUGCAGCUGACACAGCAUCUCUUGUCUUGCUUGAUGAUGUAUUUGCGGCUCUCGACACCCGCACGACAGCCAAAGUGUGGCAAGAAUGCUUCUGUGGAGAAGAGUCUCUGCUGAAUAACAAGACAGUUCUUCUUGUGACUCAGCUGGCUUCGAUCAAGGAGCAAGCUGCAGCCGUGGUGAAGAUGCGAAAUGGUGAAAUUGUAAGAAUUUACCAUCCUGCUCAAAUAUCUCCGAGACAUGAUCUCGGGGCCGUUGCAACGUUCAAUGACAGUAUCACCGUUAAUCCCGCGACCCAAAAGCCAAGGGAAGCUUUCACCCACAGUACCAGACCGACUGGCCUCUUGGCGUUGAGCAAGUACCAGAUGAGCGAGGAUGUGAACAAAGGUGCUGCCAAAGGCCAAAGGGAACAGGCGCUAAUCCUCGCUAUAUGGCAGUACCUACAAAGGUUUGGCGGUUCUUGGUACUGGGUCGUUUGCGGUUUCGUGACAAUAGCGGCUAGCCUUGCACCACUUCUACCGCCAUGGGCUCUGUCAAAGUGGGCUCAAAGCUCGGAUACAGAUCACGGCGAAUAUUUCUCGGGCCCCAAAGGUCAUCUGGUUAUGUUCUUUGGACUUUCCCUUAUUGAGGCUGGCCUCACCAUGGGAAUGCACAUCAUGUUUGCCCGCGGUGCCUGGCAGGCGGCCAACCGGCUCAACACCGAGGCAGUCCUGGCAAUCAUGGACGCAUCCCCAAAGUGGCACUCGCAAGAGUUACCUGGAAGCAUCGUCACAUGCCUCACCAAGGACCUGGAUUCGCUCGACACUGACCUCGGGCGGAGCCUGCUGAACGUCAUCCGGCUGGUGCUGCAGACCAUCUCGCGCAUCGUGGUUACGGCGUCAAUCAUAACUGAUUUUAUCUGGCCAGCUCUGAUCUGCUGCGUCCUCGCCACCGUCGUCGGCCGCGCUUACAGCAAGACUACAAGGCCCGUCAAGAACCUCGUUCAAGCAGCACGAAGCCCCGUGUUCACUCUGUACUCAGAGACUCUCGGCGGUCUGGCAAUCCUCCGAGCUGCGAGAGACGCUGGACCAACUGCCAUGAGAAUCGUGUUUGGGAAAAUGUUGGCGCACAAGCUCCUGGUCUACUCACGAGCCCUGGCCACGCAACUCAACCUUGGUCGAUGGCUAGCCAUUCAUGUCGAGGCCCUAACCAUGCUGCUCUCCGUGGCUGCCGGGGCCAUGGCACUCUUGAGGAAGGACUCUCUAUUGAGCAAUGGUACGCCAGCGGCAAGUUUGGCUUUGUCAAUACACCACACCCUUGCUCUAGGGGAUGUCAGCCUCAAGUUGAUAAAGGCGUGGAGUGAUCUCGAUAUGGAGAUAAAUGCCCUUACUCGUAUUCUGCAUCUUGCCGAAGCCGAGCCAGAAGAUAUAGACGACGGUGAGCACAUAAGGUAUAACAUGGGGGAUGAGGUCUGGCCGAGGUUGGGAAGCAUACGGUUCACAAAUGUGACGGCCAAGUAUGACCAAAGCAACAAAAUGGUUCUCAAAGACGUGACUCUAGAGAUCAAGCCAGGCGAACGGGUCGCUAUAGUCGGCCGCACGGGAGCGGGAAAGUCAAGCAUUAUCCAGACUCUUCUCCGCCGCACACAGAUUGUAUCAGGCAGCGUCGAGGUAGACGGAGUCGACAUCAGGGCUGUGUCGCGUAAAAGGUUGCGUGGAAAUGUUGCGUACAUCGCCCAAGAUGCUGUACUCUUCAACGGCUCGAUUCGUGACAACCUUACACUUGGCGAGAACAUUGAUGACCAGUUACUCUACAAGACACUCAAAGACUGUGCCAAAGCGGCUGGCUGGGAUGUUGACGCGCUCAGCGAUACAGACACGCCCAGCCAGGACGAUAAUAUAGUGGAUAUUGUACAUCACCCCUCUGGUGAAGAGGCGUCGGAGCAUAGCCCACUGCUACCGCGGCAUCGUGCAGGUGCUGCAACGUAUUCAGUGACCGGCCGGCCACGGGGAGCUUACAGCAAGGUAGCCAAUGUCGCGGCCAAACUUUACAGCUGGGUAUUCAAUUUGGAUAUCGAAAGCCCGCCCAGAGAUAUCAAUUUUGCAGGCCUCCGGAACCCUCGUAUGGAAGCUAUAAUCGAUAAUCAGAACGAAGACCACACUGCCACUGAAACCGAGGAAACGGGAUCCGCUAUUGCCUGCCUCGACGACGGGAUGCUGGUCAACAGUCGAGACACCAUUUUGCGCCUUUCUACGCAGGUCGGGGCGGGGGGACAGAACUUCUCCCAUGGCGAGCGGCAGGUCCUCUCGCUCGCCCGGGCUCUGGUGCGUGGCCGGGCGAACAACGGAAGAGCGGGAAAGGUGUUCCUCAUGGACGAAGCCACGUCUUCCAUGGAUCCGAAAAUGGACAGGGCAAUCCAAAAGGUCAUCCGGCGCGAGGUCGGCCUGCCGCCCGAAGCUGGCUGUGGCGGCAACAGCAGCAGCAACAGCGACAUGGACGACGGCAGCAGGAGUUUAUCGGCGCAGAGUCGUGCCGCCCAGCCAAGGCCGAGCAGUCAGACGACCUAUGAGCAGGACGCUGCUACGAAGGGCCGUACCCUCAUCACCAUCGCGCACAGGCUGCAGACCAUCCGGGACUACGACAAGAUUGUCGUGAUGGACGAUGGGAAGAUCGUCCAGGUGGGCUGCUGGGACGCACUGGUCAGGGAUGCCAACGGCCUGUUUGCAAAGAUGGUAGAGGCCACAGGCGAAGACGAUCACGUGGUGACAGAUGGUCAACCAGGGCCUUCGGUUGCCAGAGAGUCAAAUCCCAGCGGCCCGUGA